UAUUUCAGGGUAUAGUAAAGCAAGACAAAUUGAUUUUGACGCAGGGCAAAACUAACGUUAGGUUAAAGGACUUGUUCAUUCGACCAAACAUCGUACUCAAACGUCUCAGCGGCACACUCGAAGCCCACACUAAUGGGUUUCGCUACACCUCUGUCCGCGGCGACAAAGCUGAAAGAGAUCUCAGGAAAAAGCUGAACCAAACGUUUACGUCGUUCUGUGACAAAGUUGAGAAGCUGACUAACACCGAAGUUGAAUUCGAUACACCGUUCCGUGCGCUAGGCUUCUACGGAGUACCGAAUCGCUGCUCAGUGCUUCUGCAGCCUACCUCCUGCUGCUUGCCGCCUUUCGUUGUCACUCUUGAGGAAGUAGAGCUGGUGCAUUUCGAGCGCGUCCAGUUUCACCUAAAGAACUUCGAUAUGGUAUUCAUAUUCAAGGACUACUCCAAAAAGUUGGCUAUGGUCACAGCAAUUCCGAUGAACUCACUGGAUCAUGUCAAGGAAUGGUUGGAUUCCUGCGACAUCCGCUAUACGGAAGGUAUACAAAGUCUGAAUUGGCCAAAAAUCAUGAAAACCAUUCUGGACGAUCCCGAUGGCUUCUUCCAGAACGGUGGUUGGAAUUUCCUGAAUAAUGAAUCAGAUGACGACUCUCAAACUCAGGACGAGUCUCUCUCUGAAGACGAGGAUGAGACUUAUCAACCAAGUGGCGAUGAAGUUGAAGACGAAGAGGAAGAGGAAGAAUCAGAAGAUUAUGAAUCAGAGGCUACUACUGAAAGCGAAUCAGAAGAGGUGAGCUCAGAAGAAAGCGGCAAAAGUUGGAGCGAAUUAGAAGAAGAAGCGAAGAAGGGCAAGUUUGAAUAUGGGAAAUUUUACUUUUUUUAACC